AGCGCUGCUAUUGGCUGAUGUGCGCAGUGGGCGCGUCUCCACGGCUCUCUCGGAAGCUGUGAUUGUUCCUCAGUGUCACAAUAGAGAGCCGCAGCGGAGAGACAGGAUGAUGAUGAUUAUGAUUAUGAUGAUAAUGAUGAAGAUGAGGAUAAUUAUGUGAUAUCUGUAUGUGAUUUAUCCACCGGGGGAACAGCGGAGAUUCACGGGAGCGGUUUAACGUAUUGUGAGGCUGUCUGUGGGCCAGGAUGAGCUCGUCUCCGGUGGUUUCCCAUGACAUUCUGGAGGAGCUGCAGCUCUACACCGCUCAGAACCUGGAGAAGCUGGAGGUCAAUAAAUACUAUGAGGUGAUCCGGGAGCUCGGGAAGGGCACUUACGGGAAGGUGGACCUCGUCAUUCAUAAGAUCAGAGGUAGCAAAAUGGCUCUGAAGUUUCUGAAGAAGAAAAGCACCAAGCUGAAGAGCUUCUUGCGGGAGUACAGCAUCUCUCUCUAUCUCUCUCCAUGUCCCUUCAUCAUCAACAUGUUCGGCAUCGCCUUUGAGACAGACGAGUAUUAUGUGUUUGCGCAGGAAUACGCUCCUUCUGGGGACCUGUUUGACAUCAUUCCACCACAGGUGGGUCUGCCAGAGCCGGUGGCGAAGCGCUGUGUGCAUCAGGUGGCCAUCGCUCUCGAAUACCUGCACUCCAAAAAACUGGUGCACCGAGACAUCAAACCCGAGAACAUCCUAAUCUUCGACAAGGAGUGCCGUAAGGUCAAGCUGUCAGACUUCGGGAUGGCGCGGCGCGCCGGUUCACCGGUCAAGCGUGUUAGCGGCACAAUCCCAUACACGGCUCCAGAACUCUGCGAUACGUCCAAACACGACGGCUUCUGCGUGGACUACAGCACCGAUGUGUGGGCGUUCGGAGUGCUGCUGUUCUGCAUGCUAACCGGGAACUUUCCAUGGGAAAAAGCGAUGCCGUCUGAUACUUUCUACGAGGAGUUUGUGCGCUGGCAGAAGCGGCGGACGGGUGCGGUUCCGUCACAAUGGCGUCGAUUUACAGACGAAUCCCUGCGCAUGUUUCGAAAGCUCCUAGCAUUGGAGCAGGAACGCAGAUGCAGCGUCAAGGAGGUUUUCGCACAUUUAGGCCACCGCUGGAUGCUUGAUGGAACUAGCGGAAACCAUCAUCAAUCCGUGCUCAACUCUUCAUCAGAGGAAGACGAAUUGCUUGUGGAUCGUAUGAAGCAGCAGACCUUAUCUCCGACAGCUAACACGAGCAAUGCUAUUGAGCCCGGAUCGGCUAACCACUUCACAUCUGUGUCCACCAAUAGCUCGGUGUCUUCCACUAACAGCUAUGAGCGUUCGGCUAGAGACAGUCCUCCGACUAGCAGGAUCCUGGUCACGACGCCUAUAGAAAUCUGCGUCUAAAUGCACAGCUGAUGAAAUUAACAUGCGCACAAGCUGACGCACACUCCUGUGAUACGAGUUCUGCUGGAUAUUUAGCGCUGUUAAGGUGUGGUCACGUUAGCGGAACAUCAGCUACAUUUCACACACUACACAUAUCUCGAUUUCAAACGAUCUCUGUUGGUUUGCAUGAUAUUUCUGAGACAAAAAGGUUUGUUUUGAUACUAAACUCGUUACUUUCGUUAGUUGGAAAUAUGUGUCAGCCUACAUUUUUACGAAAGUUGAAAUACGUUGCUUUGGGUAUGUUUUGUUGUACAUUUCAGAUUACUGAUCCACUAGAGGGCGCUGUUUACAUUUUUGCAAAUCUGAUAUACCUUACUUUUAGUAUGUUUUACUGUACAUUUCCGAUUACAAAUCCACUAGAGGGCGCUGUCGACAUUUUUGCAAAUCUGUAAUACGUUACUUUUGGUAUGUUUUGUUGUACGUUUCAGAUUAUACAUCCACUAGGGGGCGCAGUCUACAUUUUUGUGAAUCGAAAAUACGUUGUUUAGGGUAUAUUUUGUGGUACAUUUCAGAUUACAAAUCCACUAGAGUGCGCUGUCCACAUUUUUGCAGAUCUGAAAACGUUACUGAAGGUGUGUUUUGUUGUACGUUUUAGGUGACAAAUCCACUAGAAGACGCAGUUACAUUUUUGCAAAUCUAAAAUAUGUUGAUCAGAGUAAAUUGUGUAGUACAUUACAGAUUACAAAUCCAUUAGAGGGCGCUGUCCAUGUUUUGGCUAAUCUGAAAAACCUUAGUUAGGGUAUGUUUUGUUUUACGUUUAAGGUGACUAAUCCACUAAAGGGCGCUAUUUACAUUUUCGUGAAUUUUAAAUACGUUACCUCUGAAGGUUGUGUUUUACAUUUCAGAUUACAAAUCUAAUAGAGGACGCUGUUUACUUUUUGUGCGAAACAGAAAUACAUUACUUAACGUAUGUUUUGUUGUACAUUUCUUAUGACAUACCCACUAGAGGGCGAUGUCUACAACUUCAUGCAUCUGAAAUGUUGAUCUGAGUAAGUUUUGUAGUACAUUUCAAAAAAUAAAUUCACUAGAGGGCACAGUCUAC